GCCCCAACCCUUUCCCAAUAACAUCCAUCACAAACCUAUCAUAAGUAUUUCCAUUGUUUCUCUUUACUGUACCUAACAUAUGAGUGGACGAGGACAACGAGGUCGUGGAGGUCGAGGCAGUCGGGGUCAAACCGGCAGCAACAUAAGGGCAACCCCAAGCCCUGCACCUUCUCAAACUGGCAGUACCGCCAGCUCUACCAGGGGUGGCUUUGCCCGUGGACGCGGUCAGAGCUCGACGCCUGGUGGUGAUGGUAGCUACUCAGGCGGGGCUGCUGGAGGUCCUUCAAGAGGCGGUGGCGGCCCCCACCGAGGUGGAGGCGCCCCUGUUAGAGGGGCGGGUGGGCCACCACGAGGUCGAGGAGGUGGCGGCCCCAUCAUAUUUGCCGCCAACGCACCUGCGAGAGUCGACGACAGACUCAGCACAGCGGAUGCGCUUGUCGCCUCUUUUAAACAACAGCCGUAUCAGGUGGAGAAGCCUUUGAGACCGGGGUGGGGAACGAAGGGCAAGCCCAUCACUGUACGAGCGAAUUUCUUCGCCGUGAGGAUGCCCAAGGACCUUACGAUCUACGAGUACAAAAUUACCUUCUCCCCGAACAAGUCUCCUUUACCUGGUGCGAGGAGUGAGGACAAGCUGAAGUCUGAGGAUACUGCGCGGAUUAUUGCACUUCUUGAGGAGACACCAACAUUCCAACCGUUCUUAUCGCACAUUGCUCAUGACAAGAGCGAGAAGCUUGUGUCCUCCGAGCUGUUGCCUCAACCUCUGGAAGUACCAGUUUCCCACCGUUACGAAGGAGAACCAACUGCACGCCAGAAUGCUCCAGUAUAUACUGUCAAGAUCGCGUUUGUCAAGGAACUCAAUUCAACCGAGCUUACACAGCAUAUGAGCGGUCAACCGCAGUACCGAGAUGCCGAUGUCCUUCCUAUUGUGUCGGCUUUGAACCUGGUCCUUCAGCAACACGCCUCGCGUGUCGGUGUUCGUGUGGGCAAGAAUCGAUACUUCAUUCCUACAUCCAAUGCUAUCUUCCCGCUCACGCUCGGCUUGGAAGCCAGACAGGGUUUCUUUCUCUCAGUCAGACCGAUGUACAAGCAGUUAAUGGUCAACAUCAACGUCUGCACAACGGCAUUUUACUUGCCUGGUAAUCUCGCCAUGGCCAUGAUGGCAUUCCAACGAGAGUCAUCAGGAGGUAUGCCUCGCGACUUUGCGGAUAAACUGAAAGUCGUGACGACAUAUUUGGGGUAUCCGAGGAAGCGAACGAUCAAGAGUAUCGCCAGGACACCCGCUAGCCGGACGACGUUCCAUUGUGAAGAGUUCGGGGGAAACAUAAGUGUCGAAGAAUACUACAAGCGCAAAUACAAUAUUAAGUUACAACAUGCCGAUGACUUGCCCCUCAUUGAUGUAUCAGGCUUUGGACGACCACCUUCGUACCUGCCCGCCGAGCUUUGCGAGAUUCCUCCGAACCAAGCCUUUCACGGUUUGUUGAGCGACAAAGCUACAGCCGAAAUGAUCAAGAUAGCUUGCAAUAUACCUGCCUAUAACGCAGACGCUAUUGUCAACCAAGGCUUUCCUCAACUCGGUCUCGAUCCCAAUGCUCCUGCUGGACCUCUGCAAGGGUUCGGUAUCUCCGUGUCGAAUGACAUGACAGUCGUACCAGCUCGUAUUCUCGACGCUCCCCGUGUCGCGUACAAGUCUGGUCAACCAAAUGUCAGGGACGCGUCAUGGAACAUUUUGGACGUGAAGUUCCAACGCGGAGGGAACAUGACAAAUUGGGCUGUUCUGCUUGUCCAGCAAGGUUAUCGUGAAGAGUUCGCUGGACCCACCGACCCUCGCCUGCUUACUUUCCUGAAGACGUUUUCGAACAAGUGCCAAGCAAGCGGUAUGACGGUGCCAAAUGGACCUCCAAAGAUUAUGGCCACGCCGCCCCUGCCACCAGCCACCAAAGAUCCUGGACGCAAUCAAGCCUUGGAGACGAUCAGGAAAACACUUACGGGUAACCUGGAUCGCAACCGCAAGCCGUCAUUCAUACUGGUCCUGUUAUCCAAUGUAGACAAAUUCAUAUACCCUGGGAUCAAACACCUUUGUGACGUGGUGAUGGGCUUGGCGACGGUACAUAUGUUGCUGAAGAAGGCCGCCGGCGAUGAGAGGAAACAAGACCAAUAUUUCUCAAAUGUCGCGCUGAAAGUCAACAUCAAGUUAGGCGGGAUCAACCAUUUGCUAGAUCCUCAGUCGAUGAAAUGGAUGAGUAGCGUUUCUACGAUGCUGGUUGGCAUUGAUGUCACGCAUCCCAGUCCGACUAGCAUUAAAGGGACGCCGUCCAUUGCGGCCGUCGUAGCUAGCGUUGACAAGGAUUUCGUCCAAUUCCCAGCUAGUCUCAGACCUCAAAGAAAUAAGAAUAUCAACAAGAAUGCGGAAGAGAUGGUGCAGGACCUUACCGAGAUGAUGAUUGAACGUUUGCUGUUGUUCCAGAAGCGUAACAACAACGCAUUGCCACAGAGAAUCAUCGUUUUCCGUGAUGGCGUAUCAGAGGGUCAAUACGAUCUAGUUCUUAGGCAUGAAUUGCCUAGACUUUUGGAUGCAUUCAAGAAGCUCAAGGGCGGACAGUAUCGACCCAAGCUUUCUAUCGUCAUUUGCGGGAAACGCCAUCAUGCUCGUAAUUAUGCCACAGGUCAGGAUCACGUCAGUCGAAAUGGCAAUACGCUGCCGGGCACCAUCGUGGACAAGGGGAUCACCGAUAUCUAUGGCUUCGACUUCUAUCUUCAAGCUCACAAUGGACUUCAAGGCCAGGCUCGCCCGACUCAUUACUACAUUGUUUACGACGAGAAUCGUAUGGAUGCCGAUUCGAUUCAGGAAACUACACAUCGGACGUCGUACUUGUACGCUCGCGCUACGAAAGGCGUCAGUCUUGUCCCACCUGCGUACUAUGCCGACCUGGCAUGCGAGCGCGCGAGGCUGUAUCUGAACAAAUUCCUCAAUCUCGGCGAUGAUAGCAAGUCGGUUGCUUCGUCGGAGAAGGGCAAGGGCAAAGGAAAGAAGACUGAUGCGGAAAUAGAACAGGAGAGGGAGGCAGUGUAUCAGAAGGCCCUGAAGGUAUGGUCGGGAGGCGUGCAAGCAGAUCUGAGUGAGAGUAUGUUUUACAUCUGAGUUCGUUUUCUCGCGACGUCUUGUCACCUCGAAGGUGUAUUUGUAUCUAUGUCUUCCAAUAGUUCCAUGUGUACGAGGUUGUUCAAAUACUUGGAAAGAGGUUUCCAUAUUUCC